CCUUUGGUUACGCACAGACGCACGUAACCUCAGGGUGCGCGUUCUGGAUGUGGCUCAAGACUCUAGGCUCCAGGCUCCACGCACACAGCCGAGUCUAAAAGGCAGGCCCGGAAUUCAUGACAGCGCGUUUGUCAGCUCUACGUGUCCGUACAAACAAGCCCACUGGGCGUGACAUUUUUACUGACUUUGGCGCCCCAUCGAUCAGAGCGUGCCUUCACCCAAAACAAAAUGCGUCCAGCGGCAGCAGCAGCGCGCUCUGUACGCCUCUCCGCGCUCGGGGUCCGUGUCCUGGCCCCGGUCCGGCCCGGGCUGUGCUGCUCCAGGAGCGUGAGCGCGCAGGCGGCCACGUCUGACACCACGGGCAAGAUGAAAACCAUUGAUGAUCUCCCCGGACCAAGCUUCGCCAAAAGUCUGUACUGGAUUUUAUUUAAAGGAUUUGCGCAGAAAGGACAUUUAAUGCAGGAUUUUCAGAAAAACCUGUACGGUCCGAUUUGGCGCUCGCGGUUUGGGCCCUAUGAUUUAGUGAAUGUUGCGUCAGCUGAGUUAAUUUCGCAGGUGAUCAAACAGGAGGGGCAGUAUCCGGUACGAGUGCUCCUGCCCCACUGGAAAGAGUACAGGGAAUUAAGGGGACAGGCCUAUGGGCUGCAUGUAGAGACAGGUCCGAAUUGGUACCGUAUACGCAGUGUUCUGAACCAAAAGAUGCUAAAGCCGCGGGAGGUCAGGGCGUAUGCUCCGGUCAUUCAUCAGGUCGUGGACGAUCUGCUGCAGCGAAUCCAGUUCCUGCGCGAUCGGAGCCCGGACAGGACCACUGUGCCCGACAUCGCCUCCGAACUCUACAAGUUUGGUUUUGAAGGUGUCUCAGCGAUCCUGUUUGAGACUCGGUUGGGUUGUCUCCAGGAGGACGUUCCCAAAGACACGCUCCGGUUCAUUCGUGCGGUGAAUAACAUGUUCCUCAUGUCCGACAUAGUGGCCAUGUCUCCCCGCUGGACCCGCCUCUUCCUGCCGCACUGGAAACGCUUCGUAGAGGCCUGGGACGACCUCUCCGAUGUGGCUCAGGGGUUGGUGGAGCGCAGAAUGAGAGAGUUAGAGCAGCGGGUGGACAGUGGCUCCUCCAUAGAUGGUUUGUAUCUGACAUAUCUCCUGAGCAACGACAAAAUAACCAAAGCUGAGAUCUACACCAGCAUCACCGAGCUACUGCUGGGAGGAGUAGACACGACUUCUAACACUCUUACGUGGGCUUUGUACCAUCUCUCCCGGGACCAGCGGGCUCAGGAUCUACUGUCAAAAGAAGUGCAGGACGUAUGUCCUAAUCUGAAACAGCCCUCCAUGGACGAUAUAAGCCAGAUGCCCUACCUGAAGGCCGUCAUCAAGGAGGCACUGAGGUUAUAUCCGGUGGUGCCAGGAAAUGCCAGAUAUGUGACGGAGAAUGACCUGAUUGUGGGCGAAUACUGGUUUCCUAAAGGGACUCUGUUCCACCUGUGUCACUACGCGGUGUCCCACAGCGCUGAGGAAUUCCCGGAGCCGGAGCGUUUUAUCCCUGAGCGUUGGCUGCGUCCUGGGCUGAACACGGAUGGAGCCUACAGCCGCUCCCUGCCCUCGGUCCAGGAGCACCAUCCCUACAGCUACAUCCCGUUCGGGGUCGGAGUGCGAGCAUGUGUCGGAAAACGUGUCGCGGAGAUGGAGAUGUACCUCGCUCUAAGCAGGUUGAUGCAGAAGUACGAGGUGCGUCCUGAAGAUGGCGCUCCUCUGAUAGCAGCCAAAACCAGAAUCCUGAUGAUCCCCGGGACCCCAGUCAAUCUGCGCUUCCUGCACCGGGCCUGAAGAGGGCGCUGCACACCAGAGGCACUGAGCCCGCAGCAUCAGAUCAAAACUGUUUAUACUUUCACAUAUUCCUGAAACAACUAAUCAGAUUAUGGAAAUAAAUGUCAGCUAAUAGCAACUGAUACUUUGCAGCUGCAUCAUUCCCUGGGGGGUGUGACACUAACUGUAGGCACUGCUUUGUCUGAAGCUCUGUUACUGAAGUUAGACUUUAAUCAUUGGACUUUAAUCUGAAAAUAAUCAGGAAAUAAAUAACAGACUUAGCUGAACUGCAACAGGUGAGCUGAUUUUGGCUGUUAAACAAGUAUCUGUUGUUUUUCAGUAACUAACAGUUUUUCAGUUACUCAACACUCACCUUUUUUUGUUGAAAACUAAACACUUAAACAGGACCGUGAACGUCGAUUUCACAGGCUCCUGAAAAUGUGCUGUUUAGAUACAUUUUGGGUUUUUCUUGAGUUUUCAGACAAUCUUAAAGCUUUUUUUGGCAGUGUUUGCUGAUAUGUGCAUCGUGUCACCAUGGUAACUGCUGAACAUUCCGUCACAGACAUACAUGCAGAACAUCCUCAGUAUGAUGUCACUGCAAAGUAUCAAUUAAGCUGCGUUCAUGUUCAGAGAAAUAUUUAUAUAUCUUAAUGAUCCACAAAUUCCUUUCCUUUGCGAAUUUCUUUGCGAUCGGCUCCACAAACUUGUCAUAUUAAUCUUAUGGUUUAAAGUCCUUUUAUCUGGCAACGAUCACGACUUUGAGGUUGAACAAUCACUCCACUUUCUGAAACUUCUGUGAAAAAAUCAUUUGACUUUUGUUUAUUUAUACUGACAGAGAAGACGCUGAACUUUGUGCCAGUUGUUUUUAUUUUAGUCAAAUUUUUGGCUAAAAAGUGACAUGGCUUUAAGAGUAAUGGAGAAAGGGAAGCUAUAUGGAAGUCUAACUGUAUAUUUCUCGUAUCUCAUAAUAUCUGCUCUGAGUCUGACUAUUGCUUUUCUGCCAAAUGCUGAUGUUUUGCACUUCCUGCACUUUAAUCCACACAUUUAUUACUAAAGUUUGUAUAUUACUAAAUGAAAAAUCAUGCUAA